GCAAAAUUAAAACGCAUGCGCAGUACCGCAACGCCAUCUGAAGAAAAAAAUCUUCACUACGAAAAGAAUCGCCGCCAUUUUGACAUUUGUUUGGCUUUGUGUUUUCAAUGCAUAAAAUAAUGUAAUAAAUUACGUGAUAAUCGCGAAGCGCCUUUACUUUUUCCCCGUGAGAUUGUUUUGCUGGAUUGUGCGAUAAAUAAACUGUACGCAUGAGUGAGAGUGUCAAACUAUUAGCGGCGCACAAAUCAAUAAUUUAGCACCGCCGCUUUUUUUAUUUUCCGGAUAGUUAUUCAGUGAUUAUUUUAGUUUUCCAGCGAUAAAUUUGAGUAUAGUUACCGAUUUAGUUGUUUCCGUUGCUAUUUAACUAAAUUUGGCAGAGAAAUACUCUGUAAAUUAUUGCCGCAGUAAAAAGGCGCGAAGCCACUGCUGGCCUGAGAAUAUAUUUUUUUGCGAACAAAUUUUCGUGUUUAAUUGAAAGAUAUAUAGUACGCUACCAAUUUCAAGCUAGUGAAUAGAAAACAAUAAUCGCAAUGCACAAAUAUAAAGUGUUACAUCAGUUAAAUGUGUGGAGUAAGACUUAACUUUCUAAUGCUAUAGAGUUCAUAUUAAGCAUUACCUUAAACUUGCGAUGCGGUUAAGAAGUAGGAAGAGGGAGCGACCGCUCUCAACCAGAAACACUCAGAGGGUGACAAAAUCAAAACAGAAACCACUAAAAACUGUUCUAAAAACCAAGUCAUCUUGGAAAAAGAUACUGAAAGUGGACAAUGGUCUGGUCUCCGGGCCAAACUUCCACUGCAUUACAAGAUCUCAAAAGAAUUUAGACCUUAAAACAAGACCGGUAAGAAUUAAAACAGUUAAAAGCAUGGAGAAGCCGGUUGAUAUCAAGAAAACCAAACUGAAAGAGGAACCCAAGAAGCCUAUUUUUCAAACUGUCGUAAGAAGUUCCAACAAGGAUAUGACGUCGAUAAAACCAAAGACACAGAAUGAUAAAGUGUCAACGACGUCAAAAACCAAACUCAAAGAUGUGAGGACAACUAAAAGUGUGCAGCUAAGGCAAAGUUCUCUGAAUAGGGAGCUCAGGAAGACUGAAUCUGUCUCGUCAGCUCUAAGUUCACCCAGGAAGACCAGACGGAUGGAUAAACCGGACAAAUCUGCUUCGUUGAACAGUUCACCCAUACGUAAAGUUAGGCAGAUGGGUGUACCUUCCUUGAAGUUAAGCAAAAUAGCAGUCAGCUCUACCAAUGAGAGUCCUAAGAAGAAAUUGAAGGCUAAAGCUCCAGCAGUGCCGGAGCCUAUGAAUGGCUUCACAGAAGACAACGACGUGACAAUGUACGAGCCCCACACCACUACGUACGUUGACUUCCCACUGCCCAAGACUGAGUCAGAUUCUGAGGUGGAGUCGUCUGAUCUGUGCCUGCCCAAUGACUGCUUGAACGACUUGAUGGCUAUAGCUGAAUGUGCAAGGUUAAUCACCAACGACUUGUCCAACAAUUUGACCAAUGGUUUGACAACAGAAGACGAUGACAUCAACUUCCUAGCUGACAAAGCUGCCAAAGUAAUGACCACAGACAGAGAGGAGAGGAAGUCCAAGGGUGACAAGAAAUUACAGAAGAGAAGGAAGUCCAGCAACGACCUUGAGAUGUAUCAACCGACUUCUACGACUGACGAUUUGGAUUCCUGUGGCGAGUUCCUUAACUCUACAGAAAAAUAUGUGCAGCCGGACUUCGUGUCCAUGCUCGAGCAGGACAACUACGUGCGCGACGCGGAGUGCGAGAUAUCGUCGACGUGCGACACGCAGGGCACGGCCAUAGAGAGCCUCGAGGCGCUGUCCGCGCGGAGCCCCAGCACCGGCUUCCUGGCCGAGAUCAGCCAGAGCCUGGCGGCGGAGGGGGCGGGCUGGAAUGCAUCCGAUGUAGUUGUGGAUGAAAAUUCUUUGACUUGCCACGACGAGCCUACUCAGGAUAUAGAGGAGGAGGAGGAGGAGGCGGCGGCGGUGAUCUCGUCGUGCGCGCGCGCCGACUGCGAGCAGAUGUCCUCCUGGGCCGACGCCUUCGAUCCCUACCUCUUCAUCAAGCAGCUGCCGCCCCUGGAGACGGUGGCGACAGGCGCCCUGCGCGCGCGCUACCCCGCGCUGCCGCUCAAGACGAGGACUAGUCCCGACUUCAGUCUGGUUUUGGAUCUCGACGAGACACUUGUGCACUGUUCCUUGCAAGACCUUCCGGACGCGAGCUUCCACUUCCCGGUGUUGUUCCAGGAUUGCCGAUAUACGGUAUUCGUGCGCACGCGGCCGCACUUCGCGGAGUUCCUGUCGCGCGUGUCGCGGCUGUACGAGGUGAUCCUGUUCACGGCCAGCAAGCGCGUCUACGCCGACCGCCUGCUCAACCUGCUGGACCCCGCGCGCCGCUGGAUCAAGUACAGAUUGUUCCGCGAGCACUGUCUGCUGGUCAACGGGAACUAUGUGAAGGAUCUGUCCAUUCUCGGGCGGGACCUGCGCAAGACUGUCAUCGUGGACAACAGUCCGCAGGCCUUCGGCUACCAGCUGGAGAACGGCAUCCCCAUCGACAGCUGGUUCGUGGACCGCAGCGACAACGAGCUGCUCAAGCUGCUGCCCUUCCUCGAGCAUCUGGCCACUAAAGACGACGUCCGGCCGUACAUACGGGACAAAUACAAACUGUUCAGCUACCUGCCGCCGGACUAAACGAGCUUACACUUGCAUUGAGAGCGUACCUAUAAAAUCUGCCCACACGUGUUCAAAGUUUCAUCAAAAUCGAUACAUCGCUUUUCCAUUAACAAAUUCUUUCAGAACUACCUAUGAAUUGGGGAUUUCGCUACAUUCUUAUAAAAGUCUGAUUGCUUAUUUACAAGUUGUGUCUUUUUCAUUUGACAUAAAGUAAGAAAUUAUUUAAACUUAUGGUUAAAUACAACAUUUCUAUGAAUGUGGUGAAACCGGUACGUAAACUUUUAGAUUUCUCGAAUAAGCCGUGAUAUGCAAUUCUACGUAUCUACAUUUGAAUUACAAAACCGCGUAUGUUAUUUUGUUUUUUUUUUUUUAUAAUAAGCACAUCCAUAACAUCCCUAUGUUAUGGAUUUGAAAAUUUCGGAUGUAGACACAGAUGUAUAAAUAAUAAUAAUAUACCGGUUCAUUUUCAUUCUUAAAUAAUUUAAGAAGUAAAGUACUCUAAAUGAAACUAAAUAACUAGAUAUUUUUAAUUAUGAACUAAAUGAAAAGAUCUAACGUACUUAAUCUAAUUAGGUUAGAUUUUUUUCAAUUAGUUCAGUUUCAAUUUUCUUUUUGGUACAUAAAGUAAUUAAAUUUCACAUACGCGGUUUCCAAUGUUUACGUUUUAAUACGAAAAUAGAUCACACAUACGCAUUUUUGCAUUUAUAACUUAAUGAGGCCUAUAUCAGAUUCGUUUUCAAAAUCACGUGUGGGUAGUUUAAAAAAACUUCCUUUUUUUGUUGUUAAUUAAGUAUAUAUUAUAUAAAUUAAUUAUAUAAUUGUGUAAGAAUUAGAAUCGGUAUUGAUUUUUUUUUUCAAAAAUGAAAAUGUUUAUUAUUAUAUUAUUUAGAGUGAAAAAGAAUAUUAUUAAUGAUAAAUUUAUUAUUAUUACUAUUGUAAUAGAUUAAUUUAUUGAAACUCGGCAGUUUAUAGAUUAGCGCUCACUGUAGGAACGUGUUUCUGUCAAAACUAUCUGUCAUAUUGACAUUUCUGUUGCUUGUGUAUUUUUUUUAAACUACUGAUUGUCCAAAAUUUUGGAAAAACUACAUUAAAUUAUUGACAGUAGGUAUACAAAGCUCUAUACACAAAGUUUCAGUUCUUUCUGAUUUCUGUAUUCUAAGGUUUUCCUACUACUAUUUAUAAAAUCAAUAACAGUAGGUGUUUAGGUCGAUUUUACAGUGGUUAUGAUUUUAACACGUUCUAGUUAGUGGGUGUACGUCAAAAGUAAUUAUGUAUAUACGUCGUGUCACAUAAAAAGAGCGCUGACUAAAAAUAUAACUCCGUAAAGAGCGAUGUUGGUAAUUGAAAUGAGAAUGAGGACGAAAUUACAAUCAACAGUAUGAUAUUUAUUUAUAACAUAAUGAAAUGAAAUUUGAAAAGUCCCAGGUUCAAUUCCCACCACUUUGACUAAUUAUGUACCUAGGCCCAUCUGUGGAGAAACUGUUGAGGUCAUUGAGCAUGGUAAUCCAACGCCAUCUUGUACAUUUGUCUUUCAAGAUACGAUAGAUUUCAUUACGAGAUAGUAGCAAGGGUGUAUUAGACAGAGUUUUUGAAAAAAUAUGUAUAAAUAAUUAUCAAUGUAAUUUUUUCUAAGGAAAAUAAAUUGUUUAUUUUAUCUCGACCCUUUUUAAACACAAGUAUUUUUUUUAUACAUAAUAAUGAUUGUAAAGGCAAGAGAUUGAACUUACGAAUUCUCAAAUAUCAUAUCGUUUGACGUGUUCAAUACAAAAAGUUAGACAGCGCGCUUUUUACUUGACGCAGCCUAUAAAAUCACUUAGAUAGUAAACCUGUAAGAUUAUAAUUGUGACAUAGUUAAGUGAAAUUCAAAAUAUACCUACAUACAUAUGUGAAUAUAUAAUAUAAUAUACAGGAUGAUUCAAAUGUGACCUUUCAUUUAGUUUGACAUAGAAAAAUAUGACAUAUUAUUUAAGGAAAAGCUUUUAUUACAAGCGAAAGCUUUCGUGUUUUUUUUCGUUAUUUGAAACAUCGUGGUAUGUAUUGAUAGUUUCAGUUCACUUUUUUUUUGACACCAUUUACAAUCUCGCACUUUUAAAAUGGUGACGGCUUUUUCAAUAUCUACAAAUCAAAAUAUACUUCCCGGAAUUGCUUUUAUGCAAAUAUAAAGGGUAUGUUACACCGCACGGUGUAGUUAUAAUUAGUUUUAAGAAAAUAUUUUUUUUUUUAUAGAGACUUCACCCAUUUUAGUAGUUUCAUCAUCCUGUAUAUAAUAUAGUCCUUUAUUUAAUCUGUGAUUAUAUUUCUUUUUACGUAAUAAUUUGUGUUCUUAUUGGUCUUGUAAGUUUAAUUUAAGCUAUUUGUUAAAAAGUAUUUUUUUUUGUAUUUGUUAGAUUGUAAAAGCGUGGUUAUGAAUUUACGAGGCAUGGGUUUUUUUAAGCGAUCGAUAUAUUUUUUUUACAUGAUGUCUGUACUAUGUCAAAUGUAAUCUCCACUUUAUAAACCGCUAAAUGCCUGCAAUAUACUCCGCGCCACGAAACAAGUCCCGUAGACGCGGCGCUAAUGCCUUAAUGGCUCAUUGUCAUUCGGUAAUGGCGGUCUUAUUGUCAUUUGUACGCGUCGCGUCGCCGCUUCGCAGUUUGGAUGGUGCCGCGUUGCAAGAACCAGCUCAUGACUAUGGGCCCCGUAUGGGUUCGAAACUAGUUGGGCAUACUCCGACCUAGUAUCACGUGAGUUUUAGCCGUGUUUUUAACCGACUUCAAAAAAAGGAGGAGGUUUCUCAAUUCGACCGUAUAUAUAUAUUUUUUUAUAAUCAAUUAAUGUCAGUUUUAGAUCAGAUUUUAGCCGCGGGACUUCUUUCGUGGCGCGAAGUCUAGCCAAGCCAGUGUCUAGCUAUUGCUAUUGUUUUAUAAUUAUAUAGUCUAUAUACAAAGCGAUAUAUUUGCGUACUAUUAUUGAAGUAAAACUUUUUUGUUUUUUUUUAAUUCUUUACAAGUUAGUUUUUGACUACAAUCUCACAUGAUGAUAAGUGAUGAUGCAAUCUAAAAUGGAAGCGGGCUAACUUGUUAGGAGGAUGAAAAUCCACACCCCUUUCGGUUUCUACACGACAUCGUACCGGAACGAUAAAUCGCUUGGCGAUGUCUUUGUAGGGUGGUAACUAGCUAGCCGGGGAUCGAACUCAGGACCUCCGUUAUGUAAAUCCACCGCACAUACCACAGCGCCACGGAGGACGUCGGACAUAAUACAUAUUAAUAAUUAAAUUAAAUAUACUCGUAAUACAAAUAAGAAUUAACAGUGUAUUAAUAAACGGCCUCAAAGUAACUAAAGUAACAGCCUCCCAGAGAGGCCGUUAUAUCACGUGAGAUUUUGCCGUUUAUAUACUCAGAGGCACAAUCAUCCGCCCACUUUAUAUACUAGCGUGAUAUUAAAGUGGGCGAAUAAUUGUGCUUCUGAGUAUAUUUCAUUAAUAAUCUAAUUUUGUAAUAAUUGGUUGCAAGUAAAUAAAUAUACGGAACUCGACUACAAAAUCUCCUAUUUUGAAGUCGUUGAAACACCUUUAUCGCUUUGUAUAAAGACUUACAUCGAAUUUAACGGACAAAUCGCAAAAUACUCAUCAAUAUAAAUAACAGUAUAUUUUUUUAUCUUCUUUUUGUUAAGUGGAACUAUAAUUGAAUAUUAUUAUUUUCAUAAUUUAUAAUAAUUAUGUGGUAACGAUGAAGUGAAAAAUUAAAAUCAUGUUAUAUUAUUGCAGAUUUUUUGAUAUUAUGUGUAGCAUUUUACGUAGUUCAGUAACUAUUCGUAUAUAUAAUUAAGUAGCAGGUGCUAUUUGUUUGUAAGUUUGUUUGGUCCGUCUGUAUGCGCUUUAUACUUUGCGUGUUCAUGUUUGAAGUGCGUCUAUACGGGCAAUUAUAAUUGCUCCAUUCCGAGAAUGGAGCUUGUGACGUCACGGCUAUAUUUUUUUUUCUAUUCUUUACUAGUUAGCCCCUGACUACAAUCUCACCCGAUGGUAAGUGAUUAUGUAAUCUAAGAUGGAAGCGGACUAAAUUCUUCGGAGGAGGAUGAAAAUCCACACUCCUUUCGGUUUCUAUACGACAUCGUACCGGAACGCUAAAUCGCUUGGCAGUACGUCUUUGUCGGUAGGGUGGUAACUAGCCACGGCCGAAGCCUCCCACCAGCUAAACAAUUUACUGCGAUACCUGGAAACUAGGAGUGGGGUAGCUAGCCCCUACCCCCUAGAGCACUGGUGAGUGUUAUCCGACAAUCGUGGCAAAUUAGUUGUUGGUCCAUAAAAAUAUAGCUCAACAGGGGGGUUUUGGGGCUAAGAAGCGAAUUAUGGGGUUCCAAAAAGGGACUGUAUUUUUUUUUCUCAAUGUAAUGUAGACACCACACACACAAUAGGGAUGAUGACAGUUUUUAAAUUGUAUAUAAAUUAAGAGUAUGCUAAUAGUAAAGCAAUUUUGUAAAAGUAACAGGGUAUCUGCGGUCAUUACUUUCGGAGCUACAAGGAUUUAAAGGGUCACUUUUGCGGCGCUGCCGCGGAUCCCUGAAAAACGCUCCAUACAAAAUGGCACGAACUAAUGACGUCGUAGGUAAUGUAAUGAACGUAAGAUUUGUAUGUGCGUUCAAACAAAAUUACUAAUAUCUUUGUUAUUUGUGCGUUUAUGUUUAUAGUGCAUGUAUUAAAAAAUGUCACAUCUAAUGUAAGGAAGCUAAAACUGUAUGAAUAUUCAUCUAAUUACGAUAAAAGAUUUCUAAUAUAUUUUGAAAUUUUAUAAUCUCAUUUAUUUUACAAAUAUCCAGUCAAUCUUUGCUUUUUAUGUAUAAAUUAGUUAAUAUUGGCCUUAUUUAACCGAAUGUAUCAUAAAAAUCAAUAUAUUCAAACCUAGUCAUCAUCCCCAUUAAAGUCCUAAGGCCAUUUACAACAAGUAGCAAAAUAAAUAUAAUUUAUUAAUUGACUUGAAUUUUUUUUCCUAUAUUGGUUGAAAUUGCUCCAGAUUGCUCCAAGUUGUUCCACAAAUUGCCCGUGUGGGCGCGCCGAAAACUUAAGUUAACAGUCACAGGCUCAUUCAGUCAUAACUUGAGAACAUUGAAAACCCUCUUUAAUAUGACGCGAGUAUAUUAAAGUGGGCGGAUUAUUGUGCCGCUGAGUAUAUAACAGAUUAUUAUUUUUAUUAAUACUGCUUGUUAAAAUACUUAUAAUGGUUCGUUCUUAUUAUAGUUAUUUUUUUAUAUUUUUGUCACUUUUCUGUGUUCAGCCUUACGUCUAUAGAAUUAUAAAAAGUAUCUCUCUAAAAUAUUUAUAGCAAUAUUAUGUAUUUAGUUAAAUUAAAGGGACAUUAAAAUCCAAGUACUUAAACUUUAUUUUUGUUUUACAAAAUACGUGUAAAUCUAUCCCAUUUUUUAUUUAAUAUACGAGUAAAUAAUUGACAUUUUUUUUUUAAAUUUCGUUUAUUAUACGAGUAAAUAAUUGACUUUUUUUUAAAAUUUCGUAUAUGUAUAAUAUUUCAAAAUAAUGUUUAUUAUUUACACUUAAAUUAAAUUAAAAUGGGAUUACAGUCCAGUAAUAUUAGGUUUUAUCUGGGGAAAAAAUCCUACUGAGCUAAAUUUUUGUAUACCUUUAUGACGGUGUUAUUAUAAAGAUGUGAAAAAUCGACAUCGAUAUCGAGCCGGCUAUAUCGAUAUCGAUGUCGAUUUUUACACCGUUAUAAAGGUGUAUACAAAAAUUCAGCUCAGUAGGAAAUUUUCCCCAGAUUGGGAGUUUAAAAUGCCUAAAAUGACUGGACUAUUUUGUAAAACGAAUUCCUAAUACCAAGCUGCUAAUCGGAAUUAAAAAAAAAAAAACAAUUAUAUUUUUAGUGGUUGUAUUUUGUUAGCAAGACAUAUUCGUCGAAAUGUUUUUUUUUUAUUUAUAUAAAUAUAAAUUUUUUGGAAAUUAUAUUUUUUUAAUUCGGUUAAUAAAAGAUAUGUAGCUUAUUUGUUGUGACCGCCUAUUUGUGUUUGUAUUGGUUAAGUUUAAGAUAGAUGUAGAAAGGGAACUCUAUGCCACCUUUAUUUCAUACAAUCUCAGUGUUAGAUUUUUCUUUAUAAAAUCGCUGAAUUAGAGGGUACGACAGUCGCGGCGACAACGCGACAAAAGUGUCGUGUCGUAUUCGCUGAUUUCCUUUGCAUGCCGAACGUAUGUGAUGAGUGUUUAUGCUACAACGACUUUAAGUUUAUUACAAUAAUUUAUGGUUUAUUGUUAAAAAGCUUUUUUUUCAGUUUAAAAUGUUUUGUUAUGUACACAAUAUAUUUUCCACUAAACAUAGGUAAAUUAUAAGAUUCGCUACAUUUUCAUAUCAAAAGGUCGCAUAAAGUUUUCAAACUUCUAACGAAAGGAAUUUUCUAAAAUGUGUUACUCUAGUAACUCUAUGGAAUCCCUAUAUUCCUUACGAGGAAAAUCCUCUCGUUUGAAAUAACGUAAAUUAAGCUAAAUACCUCAGAGUUAUAUAUUAGUCGCGUAUACGUUUGGUAUAUUCUAGAACACUUAGAAAGACUGUCUUGGCUACAGUUUUCGUGAAUUAUUUCGAUUUAUUGUUAUUUCAAACAUACAAAAAUUUGUAAAUACAAUAAUCGGUGUACAUACAUAAAAAAAAAAAAAAAUACCGACCGAAUUGAGAACCUCCUCCUUUUUGAAGUCGGUUAAAAAAUGAAUUAUUACUCUACUCGCUGUUAAACACUUAGAAUCGCGAGAGAAAACCCAGCCCAUGUAAAGUCCUUUUCAUGAAAGAAGUCCCCCAGACGCGGUGCUUAUGUCAUAAUGGCGCUGAUUGUCAUUUGCUAAUGGCGGUCAUAAUGUCAUUUGUUUACGGGACUUCUUUCAUGAAAAUGAUUCUAAGUCAGCGGCUGAUUUUACGCUCAUAUUGUACCAAGUCAUGCAAUUUUACAUAACAGUAGUGAAAGUUAAACUACCCACACCUAAUACUCUUAUAUCGUUCGACGAUUGAGUCUUCAGUUUUGUACCAACCAUCGUCGCGAGCGGACGUCCCUUGCACUGGCUUGACACAAUCUGGGGUCUUACCAGAAUGGUACGAAAUGUGUAAACAUCAUGGAAUCGCUACGGAUUUAAGAGCUUAACCACUCACGAAUAAUAAAUCAAAAGGAAGUUAAAUAACUAUGACAAACAAAAAAAAAGAACGUGUGAACGAAAGAGAAGCAAAAAAAAAUCGCUUGUGUUUUCGCAUAAUGUAUACCUUUGAGGUACAGAAUAGAUAGAAAUCUUACAACUAUAGCAAUAGUAUUGAACUCCCCGUCGUGUAGCAUAAAUGUAGUUAAGCGAAUUGAAAUGUUUUUAUAGUAGUCCGUAAGUAGAGAGGUGAAGUUUACUUUGAACGUAAUCAAAUGUGUAACCUAUUAAAUAUGGAUAGCGAUAUACCUAA